AUGGAGGAGAAAUUCAAGGAGCUGCAGGAGGUGCUUCCUCCGGCAGCAGCAGCAGCAGCACCAUCCCUUCAGCAACAGCAGCAGCAGCAAGAGCUGCAGCAGCAGCAACCGCAGCAGCAACAGCAACAGCACGAGAAGCUGAUGCAAGAGCUGCAGCAGGAAAGUAAGGAUCUACAGGAGAUGCAGCAACUGCAGCAACUGCAGCAGCAGCAGCACCUUGAGCAACUACAGCAGCAGCAACAGCAGCACGAGGAGGAGAUGCAACAAUUGCAGGAACUGCAGCAGCAACUAAUGAAUCCAGAUGCAGCAGCAGGAGAAUCAGCAGCAGCAGCAGCAGCAGCAAAUAAUAAUUUACCUCCUAUGGAUAAACGUUUGCUGCAAAUGCUGCAGCGAGUAGCAGAAGGGCCAGGAGACGGAGGUCCCCAUCUAUAUGAUCUGCUGAUGGAAAAAAUAAGAGAGGGUCAAUUUGGGGAAGAUGGUGCUGCUGCAUUAGACCGUAUUGAGCGUGAGAGCGAGGAAGCAGCAAGAAAGGAAGAAGAAUCAUUUGCUGCUAGUGGCCUAAAGGGCCGCAGCUUCCUUGAGGUAGCAGCAGCAGCACCACCAGCAGCAAAAGCUGUUGCUGCUGCUAUUAAGGGACUACAGUAUACACUAGUAGAUACGCAGCAGCAGCAGCAGAAACAGCAGCAAGAACUGCAGCAAAUGCAACAAAUGCAGCAAAUUGAGGCCAUUGAUCAGAUGCAACAACUGCAGCAACUGCAGCAGCUAGCAGGAGGAGAGCAGCAGGAGGAGGAAGAGGAGGAGGGCUUCCCCCCAUUCCUGCAGCAGCUGCAGCAACUGCAGCAGGAGCAGCAGAAGCAGCAACAGCAGCAGCAGGAGAAGAAGAAGAAACCACUGCAGCAGCAAGGAGGGAAGGAGGAAGGCGCAGACGUGUCAGCGCAGGAGAAGGACGAGGAGGAGGAGGAGGAGCAGCAGCAGCAGCAACAGCAGCAGCAGCAGCAGCUGCAGCAGAUGGCUAAGGAUUUUAUGCCAAUUAAGAGCAAAGAUGAAGCAAUUAGAGAAGUUGUUGCUGCUACUAGAGGGCUAUGCAGGGAGUACGGCGUGGGCCCAAAGGACAUUUCUACAGAGCGUCUGCCAUCAGGAGUAGAGUGA